UGUUAUAAUAUUAGAAAAAGUAAAAAAGUCAUUAUUCUGUAAAAAUAUUUUAAAGUCUGCAUGGUUAUGCAGUUAAGAGUAAAUAAAUACAGAGAUAAUAGCAAGGAGAAUAAAACCUCCUCUACUUAUACCAUAGAAAUCAUGAGAUUAUAUUAUCAAACGUACCAUGCAAAGGAUAUCAGAUUAGCUUUAUUUAGCUACAAUUUUUUAAUAGAUGUCACAGAAAGUACAACUAUAAUGAUAAUAAUAUAGACAAAAGGUCAAAAACUACUUUAGAAAUUAAAUUCAAGACUGCCUAAGCAAGUUCACUAAAAUUAAAAUAGUACAUUAUAUAAAAAAUUAUAUACAACAAAAAAUAUAUGGAAGAUGAAUAAUUUUUCCUGGCACUUUCUUUAAUAAGAGCAGACGAGACUUACGGUUCCUCCUUUUAAUUACAGAAAUGACAACUGCAACACCAGUGACAACUGUAUGUGUGAAAAAUGUGUGUACCUGGUCAGAAUGGUAUGAUUCUACUCAGCCUGAAAACAAAGAGGACAGUGGAGAUUAUGAAACAUUUGAAAGUCUCAAGGAAAAAGGAUACAGUGUGUGUACAAACCCUAAUGGUGUUCAAUGCAGAGCCAAAGAACACCCGGAUACAGAAAUUAACCACCUUAACCAAACAAUACAGUGUAGUCAAAGCAGAGGAUUAAUAUGCAAUAACCAGGACCAAGAAUCUAAGCAGUGCUAUAAUUAUGAAAUCAGAAUAUCAUGCUGCAGAUACAUACCAUGUUCUGAAAUACAAUCUACAACACCAAUAACCACAAAAGAAUUCACAACAACUACUGCUGUAGAAUCAACACAAUUCACAGUACAGACAAAGAUAAAACCGACAACACAAAAACAAGAAACCGAAGUGCAAAAGAGUGAAGUAACUACAACAUCACCAAAUGACAGAGAAAAAACAACUACUGUGACUGAAACUUCAGUUACAGCAAGGACAUCUCAAAUCUCAACAACAGGUUACCAAACCACAUCUCCUAUAGCAGAAACCUCCACUGUGACAACCCAGGCUCCAACACCACCAAUUACCAUCUCCACUCUCCCUGAAUCAAAAACAAAAAUCACUGCUGGCACCACAGCUGUCUCCAGUACUACUGCCCUGCCAACACAAGGGACAACUCUCCCAACACCCACACCAACAGUGCCCAACCCAGCCACUAGCACUGCCAGCACCUCUACAACCACCACUGGUAGCACAAAAACCCCUACAGCAGCAACACUUCCGAAUGUAUUAUCCACUAUUGCUAUUCAAACAACAAUAUCAUCCACUACUGCUUCCAGAACUCCUGAAGAGAAAAUAAGAAGCACUGCUGGCACCACGGCUGUCCCCACUACCACACGCACGACCAAAGAAGAAAGUGUGUCUACCACUGUUUUUCCCAGAACUUUUAGCCCCACAGUCAGUCCAGUUGCUACAACUGCUACAUCACAGUCAAGUCAUAUUACAACAAGCACUUCUGCAAUAUUCAGUUCUUCCACCAGCACAUCUGUGACAACAGAAGCCAGUACCCAUGCUGCGUCCAGCAGAGUAACUCCAUGCUUUUGUCAUGUGUUUGAUACUUUAUUUUCUCCUGGCGAAGUGGUAUACAACAGAACAGACAGAGCUGGCUGUAAUUUUUAUGCAAUUUGCAGCAAAGAAUGUGAAAUUGAGCCAUUCCAUGGGCCGUGUCCUUUGACAACUCUUGUCCCUUCAGUCGCUUCAACAACUACAACACAAGGCACCUCAUCCACAGAUCACGUAUUGUCUUCCGCCUCCCCAACCACAGCAACAUCCCUCACAACUUCAGCAGAAAGAAACUGUACUGAUGUCAAUCCUCCACGAAAGGUGGUUCCCCUCCUUACUUUCUAAUAUAUCACUGUUGCAAAACCAGCACAAUUUCUGUCCUCUAAUAGCCAAUUCAAAUCAACCUCUAUGUAUUUCAAUAAGGAAGUUCGCUGUGUAACAAAUGACCUGAUAACACACAAUUCUUUAACUUGGUAUUACCAGGUUAUUUUAAGUAAUCUGUAGGUGGAAAAGCUCACUAAGACCAUGGCAGACCAUUUGUUUUUAAUAAAAGACAUUUAAAUGUCAU